GGCAAGGGUCUGAAGGAUGUCCGCGUCGACGAGGAGGUGGAGAUCGCGGUGAACCUCGCUCUGGAGCGGUUCCGGUAUGGAGAGGAGAAAGGUGCGUAGAAGGAGCCCGGCCGUCGAGGAAUGUUGGGGGCCCGGCUGCCAAGUGCGCCCGGGCGGGCCCGGCUCCGCGGGCCGGCAGCGGGGCAGGCGCUGGGCUGCAGAGAGCCGGGGUGCCUGUGGGCGCCUAGCAUGGGACGACGCCGGGAGGCCGGGGAGACUUCUUUGAUUCAGUGGUUGAAGCCUCAGCUUUUUCCGCCCUAGUGAUAUGGCUUGUUCGCGAGCACUGCAGAAAUGGAAUUUCCAUCUUCUUUCACUAGUACUGAAAGAGCAUUUGUUCACCGCCUGUGUCAGUCUCUUGGACUGAUAUCUAAAAGUAAAGGAAAAGGAACAAGUCGGUAUCUGACAGUAAGGAAGAAAGAUGAAUCAGAGCUAACAUGCGCAGUAAUGACUUGUUGCUUGGCUCCCAGUUCAAAAAAUACUCUUUGGAGUUUCAUUCAGAGAUUUCCUGUCACAAGUAAAGACCGAACAGAACUUCUACCAAGGCUGGAGCGAGGAAAUACAUGUGCUGUUGAAGCUGAAAGCAGAGAAGUAAGCAAGAUAAGCGGACGGCUUAACAACGGUAUCCCCCAGGUUCCAGUGAAAAGAGGGGAAUCAGAGUUUGAUUCCUUCAGGCAAUCACUGCCAGUUUUUGAAAAACAGGAAGAAAUCAUCCAAGUAAUAAAGGACAAUAAAGUUGUUUUGAUUGUAGGAGAGACUGGAUCAGGAAAAACUACUCAGAUCCCUCAGUUCCUUCUUGAUGACUGCUACAAAAAUGGAACUCCCUGUCGCAUAUUUUGCACUCAGCCAAGACGUUUGGCAGCUAUUGCUGUGGCUGAAAGAGUGGCAGCAGAAAGAAGAGAAAAGAUUGGCCAGACAGUUGGUUAUCAGAUUCGACUAGAAAGCAGAGUUUCUCCAAAGACACUGUUGACGUUCUGCACUAAUGGCAUACUGCUUCGCACACUAAUGGCGGGAGAUGGCACUCUAUCAACUGUGACACACAUUAUUGUGGAUGAAGUACAUGAGAGGGAUAGAUUCAGUGACUUCUUGUUAAUAAAACUGAGAGAUGUGUUGCAGAACCAGAUAAAUUUAAAACUAAUUAUUUCUAGUGCUGCUCUAGAUGCAGAUCUCUUCAUGAGAUAUUUUGGAAAUUGCCCACUAAUACACAUACAAGGAAGACCUUUUGAAGUUAAAGAGAUGUUUUUGGAGGACAUUUUACGAAGCACUGGGUAUACAAACAAAGAGAUGGUGAAGUAUCAAAAAGAGAAGCAGCAAGAAGAAAAACAGCAAAGCAGUCUUAGUGAGUGGUAUUCUGUUCAAGAAAAUGGUAGCAAACUUGUAUCUCGGAGACAAAAAUCUGUCCCAGGUGCAACUGAUGAGUGUAAUCUGUUGGAUGAUGGUGGUGACACAGUAUUUAAUCAACUGACUGAAAAAGAUGCAAAUUGCCUUGAACCAUGGCUAAUAAAAGAAAUGGAUUCUUGUCUUUCUGACAUUUGGUUGCAUAAAGAUACUGAUUCCUUCGCUCAGGUGUUCCAUUUCAUUUUAACAGAAAAUGUCAGUGUCGAUUACAGGCACAGUGAAACCAGUGCAACUGCAUUAAUGAUUGCUUCAGGGAGAGGCUUUCUGAGUCAAGUAGAACAACUGAUCAGUAUGGGAGCAAAUAUUCACUGCAAAUCAUCCAAUGGCUGGAUGGCUUUGGACUGGGCUAAGCACUUUGGACAGACAGAGAUUGUUGACCUGUUGGAGUCCUACAGUGCUUCAGCAGAAUUUGGAAAUCUGGAUGAAAGUUCCCUGGUCCAAACAAGUGGUAGUGGCCUUAGUAUGGAGGACAGAGAACUCUUGAAAGCUUAUCAUCACAGCUUCGAUGAUGAAAAAGUGGAUCUGGACCUGGUUAUGCACUUGCUUUAUAAUAUCUGUCAGAGUUAUGAUGCUGGAGCAAUUUUAAUAUUUCUUCCUGGAUAUGAUGAGAUAGUUAGCUUGAGAGACCGUAUUCUUUUUGAUGACAAAAGAUUUGCUGAUAACGCUCACAGAUACCAAGUUUUCAUGCUUCAUUCAAAUAUGCAGACUUUGGAUCAGAAGAAGGUGCUUAAAAGUCCACCUUCUGGCAUCCGCAAAAUAAUUCUUUCUACUAAUAUUGCAGAAACCAGCAUAACAGUCAAUGAUGUUGUAUUUGUUAUUGACUCAGGCAAGAUGAAAGAGAAGUCUUUUGAUGCACUGAGUUGUGUUACAAUGCUAAAAAUGGUGUGGAUUUCAAAAGCAAGUGCUAUCCAGAGAAAAGGCAGGGCUGGGCGCUGUCAGGCUGGAAUAUGUUUUCGUCUCUUCAGCAGGCUCCGAUUUCAGAAUAUGUUGGAAUUUCAGACUCCAGAACUUCUAAGAAUGCCACUUCAGGAGCUUUGUUUACACACAAAACUUCUGGCUCCAGUUAAUUGUCCAAUUGUUGACUUUCUUAUGAAAGCUCCUGAUCCUCCACCAGCUUUAAUUGUGAGAAAUGCUGUGCAAAUGCUUAAGACCAUAGAUGCCAUGGACCCUUGGGAAGAUCUCACUGAGCUUGGUUAUCACCUCACUGAAUUACCAGUAGAGCCACACCUUGGUAAAAUGGUCUUGUGUGGUGUUGUUUUGAAGUGCUUGGAUCCUAUUCUCACUAUUGCUUGCACUCUUGCGUAUCGAGACCCUUUUAUCCUACCUGCGUUGGCCUCUCAAAAGCGUGCAGCCAUGCUGUGUAGAAAACGUUUUACUGCAGGAACGUUUAGUGACCAUAUGGCACUUCUCAGGGCUUUCCAGGCAUGGCAGAAGGCACGCAGUGAUGGCUGGGAAAGAGCCUUCUGUGAAAAGAACUUUCUGUCUCAAGCCACAAUGGAAAUCAUCAUAGGAAUGAGAACACAGUUGCUUGGCCAGCUUAGAGCCUCAGGUUUUGUUAGAGCCAGAGGAGGAGCUGACAUUAAAGAUGUUAAUACUAACUCUGAAAACUGGGCUGUAGUUAAAGCUGCCUUAGUGGCUGGGAUGUACCCCAAUCUAGUGCAUGUAGAUAGAGAAAACUUGAUGUUGACUGGACCGAAGGAGAAAAAAAUACGAUUUCAUCCUACCUCUGUGCUUAGUCAACCUCAGUAUAAGAAGAUUCCCCCAGCAAAUGGGCAAGCUGCAGCCAUUCAAGCACUCCCUACAGACUGGCUUAUAUACGAUGAAAUGAUGAGAUCUCACAGAAUAGCAAAUAUCAGAUGCUGUUCUGUUGUAACACCUGUCACUGUGUCAAUCUUCUGUGGACCAGCUAGAUUACCAAGUAAUGCUUUGCAGGAACCUUCAUGCCUCCGAGGGGAUGAGGUAUCUAAUGAUAACAGUGAUAGUGAGAUGGAGGACCAAACAACUGCUAAUUUGGCCCUGCUGAAGCUAGACGAAUGGCUCCAUCUCAAACUAGACCCUGAAGCUGCUGGUUUGCUGUUUCAACUCAGACAGAAGUGGCAUAGCUUAUUUCUGCGUCGUAUGCGAGCUCCUUCUAAACCAUGGUCUCAAGUUGAUGAAACAACUGUACGAGCAAUUAUAGCUGUUUUAACUAGUGAAGAACAGUCUACAGGUUUGCAGCAGCCUUCAGGAAUUGGUCAGAGACCAAGACCUAUGGCUUCUGAAGAACUUCCUUUAGCAGCACCUACAUGGAGGUCAAUCAACAGUAGAAAAAGCUCAGCAGAAACUGAAUUCUCUGACUCCUUUAAUGCUGAAAAAGUUUUAGUGAAAUGUACACCUCCCACAAUUCACCAGCCAAAGAGAUACAAAGAAAAAAACAUUUUGCGCUCCAAACGAACUUCAGAUGACAGGUCAGAUCAAUCAUCAGUGAAGUCUACGGACAGCAGUAGCUAUCCUAGCCCCUGUGCUAGUCCUUCUUCUUCAAUAUCUGGAAAGGGUUCUAAAUCUCCUAUGCGAAGACCAUAUACGCCAGUUCGAUACUUCAUAAUGAAAAGUAGCAAUUUGCAAAACAUUGACAUUUCUCAACAGAAGGGUGUAUGGUCUACUACACCGAGUAACGAACGAAAACUAAAUAGAGCCUUUUGGGCAAGCAGUAUGGUUUACUUAAUAUUUUCCGUUCAGGGAUCUGGACACUUUCAGGGUUUUGCUAGAAUGGCUUCAGAGAUAGGUUCUGAGAAAAGUCAAGACUGGGGCUCUGCUGGUUUUGGAGGUAUAUUUAAGGUGGAGUGGAUCCGAAAAGAAAGCAUUCCUUUUCAGUUUGCUCACCACUUGCUGAACCCUUGGAAUGACAAUAAGAAAGUACAAAUAAGCAGAGAUGGACAGGAGCUGGAACCACAGGUUGGAGAGCAUUUGUUACAGCUUUGGGACUGUAUUCCAUUGGCAGGAAAGCACUUAACUGAUUGAGCAUGUCAAGGAAUGUGAUACAGCUGUGGUUGAAACAUCAGCUAUAACCACUAGAACCAGCAACGUGCCUACAGUAUGAAGAUGAUGAUGGCACAGCAAGCUCUCAAAGUUGUUAGUCACACUCUGUAGCUAUCAAUGGAAAAAUAUGAGGGAAUUGCAUGGGUUUCAGUAUUUCCUUGACUUAAUGAAUGUCACAACAUUAUUCACCAGGCUUUUUUUUAACUGAAUUUUUUUUUACAGUAGUGUGCAGUUGAUACUUAAAAACAUGGUUAAGUUCAAAACUAAGUUUGAAUCAGUAGACCACAUGUAAAUUGUUUGUGGGUUUAAAAUAGCACACUAGACAGUUUAAAUAUACAGUUUACAUUUAAAGCUUUCUAAAUCUAUGAAAUGAACCAGUGUAUUAUCAAUUAAGCAAUCUUGCAGUUUGUAUAAAAUAAAUAGUUUGAGAAUAGAUACUUAAAACACAUUGGAAGAUUUUGUAAGUACUUGCUGAACUUCUGUAUGCAUGAUGUGAGAGAGCCAGAUGUAUUCAUACAAGCAAUUGGGACACUGGAGAAUGUGAAAGGAGCAUGAGAUCUUUGAGAUCCACCAGUGUUUACAGUUUAGUUUAUUUGCUUUUUAAAGGUAUUCACACACAUUGCAACCUUGUAACAGUCUUUCUGAGGCCUGCUUCAAAAUGGUACUUGUAAUAGUUCACUAACGAGUAUUAUUAGAAGAUUUUUCGUUCUUUAAAAAAAAAUCUAAAAUACCAGUACAACAUCUUUCAA